UUCAUUGGUGUUGAAUCAGCGGCACACAUUCGUAACUGAGCACCUUGGUAUAAAUAAGGCUGGUUUCAGGCAACAAUUUAAGGAAUACACGCUGGGUAUUACAUGCUUGCUUAGUUGAAUCUUGAUUCACUUGGACUGGGUCAGAAUGUGGAUUUCUGCAGCAUUCCUUCUCUUUGCAUUGACCGUAAACGGAGUCACGCCUCAAAGUUCUGUCAACUUAAGUCGAAGAUGCCCCACUGGCUGGGAGAAAUUUGGAACGAAAUGUUUUAAACAUUUCAGUGACCCCAAACCGUGGGCUGAGGCAGAGAAACAAUGUGUUGAAGUCGGAGGAAACCUUGCAUCUGUCCACACUGAACUCACUCACAGUUUCCUAAAGACCUUUCUGAAGAAACAAACUAAUAGCAUUUCCCGAACCUGGAUUGGUGCUCAUGAUGCAAUUAAGGGUUUUAUGUGGUUUUGGAGUGAUGGAUCAAAGUUUGAGUACAAUGACUGGCAUUCUGGUGAGCCAAAUAACGGAGGAGGAAAUGAACGUUGCGUAGAGAUGGGCUUUGGAGAUGAGCAACGCUGGAAUGAUGCACACUGCGAUACACAUCUCAAUUUCAUCUGUUACAGAAAGGCUAGAAUUGAUUUCUAAUCCUAAUUUUGAUUGCUAAAAUAAUAUCUCAUAUUUGUCCAUCACAGAUUUCUAAAACUCUGUGAGUUGCUGAUUGCAACAGGCAUGCUUUGAUUUUGAAUUUCAAUGUCAGUAUUUGCAAAAAUAAAUUAGAUUUUAAACUGGAAA